AGACGUUUCACACGAUUCUCAUCCUUAAUGACCUUCUAUUGGUAUACAUGGCAGGGAAUAGAGAAUAAUGCACAGUUUCAUCUUGUGCGCUACGCCGAGAACGACGCGUGAUUCAUUAGCAUCUGAAAAUAAACGAUUUUUUGAAGUCGUAACUUAGACUCUACAGUUAAAUGAAGUAUGAACAUAGUAAAGUAUUAUGGGUAGUAUUGUAUUAAACAAAGUAUAAAUCCUCCAAUCAAGAAAGCAGAACUGAAUGUGCGCUGGUUUUGGGUCUAGUCUAUAAUUCUCUGUCUUUCCUGUAAGUUCGGUGUUAAAGAUUUCUCGUGAGCGCCAGUAAUAGUUGUCGUUCUGGUGGGGUUACAUUCAGGGAGGUACUACGAAGAAACGCUAGAGCAUGAAGUGGAACAUCCACUGUGUCAUAUUAUAACUUGACAGUGGUGUCCCUUCAAGCAGAGCGGGGUCGCCAUUCUACCAAGCGGCAAGUUACUUAAAGUUAGUAUUCAGACGAGUUCAGGUCCAAUCAGUAAAAUAGUAUAAUAUUAAUACCAAGUAAAAGGUCUGGAUGUUAAACCGAAGCUUCGACUUGAAGAAUGAACGCUUUCCGUGAUAUUUUGUUAUCCAUCUACGUAUAAAAAAAACCCUAAUGUAUCAUUACGAUGACAAAGCGCAAGUAUAGAUUUCUGGUAUUGUGACUAAACUCAGCACGUUGAUGAGAAACCAUUGUGUCGUCACUUUCACCUUUAUGUGUCACAUUCCAUGAAGUCUGUUUCUUUUUAAAUCGCCCAUAGUGUUUCCAGACGUUACGAGGUAGCAGGUGAUGGCGAAAAAUGGCUAAUUUAUUCUCGAGGAUUAUUAUUAGUACACUUCUGUAUGUCCACACAUUACUUCUUUUAGAAGCUGAGCAUUGUGGCUAUCCAGGAAGUCCAGCUUACGGAAAACCUAAAAAUGUUAAAAAUACCUAUGAGCCAGGAGAAACGGUCACUUUUAGUUGCAACAGCGGCUACUUUCUAAUAGGAGCUAACACUAGACGUUGUUUGUCAGACGGCACGUGGUCUGGACAACUUCCAGUCUGUGAUAUAGCUUUAUCACCAACUGGCGUUACAUCUGCUUCCAGUUCUCUCGACUCUUAUCCUCCCGAAAAUGUAGUAGAUGGGAACAAGCAGAGUUGUAUGUUCACAAGGGAUGCGAAACCGCGAUGGUGGCGUCUGGACAUGGGGAAGGCCUACCAUGUACUCUAUGUGGCCAUCACCAUACCGUACUCAAAUUCAUAUCAACAAUUCACCACAUAUGUUAUUAGUGUGAAGAACCAAAACAUCCUCUACCAUAGGUGCUCAUCUUUCAACGGAAAAUUCGCUUCGCAGACUGUGGUUCUCCACUGUGGUGAUGGCCAGGGAAUAUUUGGUCACUACAUUCAUAUUGAAGACAACAGACCGGAUUUUACUUACUUUGCUUUGUGCCAGGUGGAUGUUAUCGUACUUAAAGAACGGUAUGCAUGCGGUGAACCCGACCACCCAACUCAAGCCUAUACAACGAGGGAGCAUAACACAGUAGAAUACCACUGUGUGUCUGGUUACAGGUUGAAAGGAAACCCCAGGCGUCGCUGUCUUCGCUCUGGACAGUGGGAUGGUUUACAGCGGACCUGUAUAGAGGUCACCUGUCGGCGACUGGAUGAAGUACAAAAUGGAAGAGUAAGAAUGAAUGGACUUCGACGAAACCGCCCUGUUCAGGGCAGUAACGCUUUUUACUCUUGCGAAGGCGGGUACGUUCUCCAUGGCAAUGCUACACGGGAGUGCAAAGAAGAUGGAAGUUGGAGUGGUGGAGACUCUUCGUGUUAUCCUAUUAAUUGUGGAUUUCCACGACACCAAACUGUGGGAGGGAAAUACUACCUUCUCAACGAGACCACAACCUACCAAAGCAUGGCAAAGUUAGAAUGUCUAGAUGAACAUAAAGCCUUUGGCCCUUCAUCUCUCAUCACAUGUCGAGAAGACGGAACAUGGAGUGGAUCACAAGCUAGUUGUGUUAGUGAAGGUAACACAGACGCCGCUAUGAGACAGUCGGAAGAUGGUGACGAGUUUUCCCUCAAUAUCAUUGUUGGAAUGGUGCUUUUGGGGAUUAUCAUUGUCCUCCUUAUGGUUGGCUUCCUGGUGAUCAGAAGAAGAAGGAGUGCUUCAGAAAAACAGAGUGUAUCCCUCCCUUCGAGAGAUUUUGAUAGCCUUGGAUCUUCUUGUGUGGCCAGCACGCGUUCUCUAGCUAAUGGCUCUCUCUACCAAAAUGAAGACUACUAUUCGGAACUUCCAUUGGAGAGUAUCAGUCAAAAGUCUAGCGUAGAUGACUUCACCAAGAAGAAUAUAUCUCAGAUUGGUAUCUACAGUAACUUGGACCCCUCUGGCAGCUUGUGUCGCAUAAAUGUGUCCGAAAACUCGUACAACUCAACGAACCCUUCCGUUAAACGAAAGAGUAAGUCUUCAAGUAGAAAGAGUUCUACUUCUAAAGAAAAUGUUUAUGAAGAGAUUCCAUUUAGCAGAAAUGCUCUAAAUAAUCUAAAAAACACGCAAAACGAAUUUGACAGUAGAAAUCUCAAUGAUACAGUGCUUCCUUUAGACGGUAAUAAAAGUAAAGAUGAAGUGAUUUUCUUGCCUUCAACUCUUGAAUCUAACUCCAAACCUUCGACUUCUGUGAUAGACCCCGCUAUUUUAGCGUUAUAUGCAAAAGUGGAUUUCGAAAAAAAAAGAAAAUCGAGGAUUUCAAAAAGUCAAAAUAAUCCUAGAGGUUUCGAGUCUGAUAAAGAAAACGCGAUGAAUUCAGACUUGGGAAAUGGAAAUUGUGAUGCUUCAAGUAACCAGCCACAGUCCUCAAGAUUUAAUGGCAGCAACACCGAAAAAUCAGGUGAGUUCAACAUUGUACCUUUUAGGCCACGAAAACUCCCACCCACUCCGGUGAAGGAGGACAUAGAACACCUUGAAAAUGAUGGCAAUCACACAACCAGUACAAAUAAACAAGUGUCUGCGACACCUUGUGUUUUUCUCGACAACGUUAUAUAUGCUGGGGACAACAAUAAUACCACUGUUAUGAUUGAAAAUGAUCUGUAUUCCUCUGCAUGAUGAACAUACUUACUAAAUUAGCAAGAAAAACAAUAUUUACAAAAAAUCUCAGUUUAUGAAAUGGUGAGUUUGUGUUUGAUAGAAAAUCCUACGAAGUUUGCUCUUCAAGAAAAAAAGGAUAAGAAUAUUAAAUGAUAAAAAAAAAAGAUUUUAAAUAAUUGUUCAAACUCAAUAAAGUUCAAAUAGACUAGACUAUCAUAACCUACUUAAAACCUAGCAGGAAAAGCUAUACAUAUUUGCUAAGUAAACUUACUAGUAAAGAUUUUAAUUUGUGUAGACUCUACAACGACUGAAAGGUGAUUUCAGAAUGUGCUUUGUUUCUCGUGAGUGUUGAACCAGUGUGUACUUUAUAUGUGUCUGUAACCAGAAAUCGGUAACAGCCACACUUUUUUCUUAAUGACAUUUAAGACCCCGAAUAACAACGGAGCUUCUCUGAUCAAAACCAAAUACUUUUUUUUUGUAUAUGUAUUGGUGUUGGAAGCUGACAAUAUGUAUAGUGUAUAAUAUCUUCAAGAAAGGCUAAUCUGAUUAUUUAAUGAUAUUUCUUACACAAGGACUUUAUAAUAGUUCAAAAUAAUACAAAAAGUUACAAUUAUACUCAUCAUAAGACAUUAGUAUUAGGCCUAUUAUAUAUAUUUUUAACACUAGAUUCUUAAAAUGUAAUAGGCCUAAUGCUAAUGCCUUAUGACAAGUAUAAUUUUAAUCAUUUUGUUGCCGGUGAAAGGUGUACACACCUUAACAGUUUUUGUUGUAUCAAAUAUAAAAAGUUGUUGCCCGGAGUUGAUUCGUUAUUGAAUAAACGUGAACGUAGGA